AUGUCCCCCGCCCUCUCAAUCACCGAACACGACGACGCCGGCGCCCUCCUAACAACCUACAUCUACUCCCCCUCAUCCCGCGGCAGCAGAAUCGACAUCAUCCACCCGCCGCACCCCAAAGCCAGCUGGAAAGCCGCGCUGGAUGUAUUCCUCCCAGCAGGUUACCCGGGCAGCGACUCCCUCCAAGCCUUCGCCAGCUCGAUCGCGGGGAUGCUGUCCUCACGCGCAGUUUUGGAAGGCGUCGGCGUCGGCGACAGCACCGCCUCCCCCACCGCCGCGCUCCUCCUCAACGUGCUGCAAGAGUCCAUGGGCCGCAUCGCCACGAUCCUGUUCGCGCACCGGCUCGGCACCGCGCUGGAGCCCGAGUGCAAGAUGUACCGACUCGCCGCCGACAUCUUCAACGACGCCGCCAUGGUGCUGGACUGCCUCUCGCCGGCCUUCCCCAAGCCCGUCCGCGUGCUCGUGCUCGCGGGGUCCAGCGUCCUGCGCUCGCUGUGCGGCGUCGCGGCCGGCAGCGCCAAGGCCAGCCUAUCCGCGCACUUUGCGCAGCGGGGGAACUUGGGGGAGUUGAAUGCUGCCGGCAGUGUGGUGGUUUCGUGGGUGCGCUCGGCGGCUGCGACGUGGUCUGUGCUGGUGCUGCUGCUGGCGGUGCAUUUGGGGAUGAACCAUCAGGCGGUGCGGGCGGUUAGUAUGCGGACGCUGAACCGGCAGCGGGCGAAUAUCGUGCUGGGGGAGUUUAUGAGCAGGGGCAGGGUGCUGAAACCGAAGGAGGUGUCGGGGAAAGAGAGGGUCUUUGAGAGAGAUGGGGUGUUGAGAUGGGUGGAUGGGAGAGUGCUGGGCUAUGGGAGGAUUGGGGUUGAUUUGCAGACCCUGCUGCAGCGCCUGGGGCCUCGCCAUGCAACGACGGGUGCUGUGCAGCUGGAUUCGAAGCUGUCUGCGCUGGCGGAGCUGUACAGAGACGAGGCGUACAUGCUGUGGUUCGACGUGGCCAGAUCUGAGGCGUUGAUCGUCUUGAAACAGGACAGCACGCCAGUUGACCAGUUGAAAGCAUGGACGCAGGCGCUGAUGGUAGCGUCGAGGCCUAAGGAGGCGGAUUCUUUGUCUGAACUACGGAUGACGCUUCAGGAAGCCAGCAAGACGUGGAAGGAGACGACGGAGAAGCUGGCAGCUGCCGGAUGGGAUUUGGAGGUUGCAGCGCUCGAGACUCGGCCUGGGAGACGCGUGAGAAUGGCGUAG